GUUCACGUGAAGCUCUCGAGUUAACUCGAGAGACUCAGGUUUCAACAAAACGCAGUCAGUUUUAACUCGAGUGACGUAAUUUGACCUUUGAACUCUACCCGUGCCUAACCCAGCCUCGACCCAGGGUUCCUCGAGUUUCAAGAUGGCGGAAAAUAUAGACGAAGACCCGCUGGUCCAAAUUGAAUUUGACCAUGAAGGUCAACAAAUAAAAACCAUUGUCCCUCGAAGCUUUGCGAAUGAGAUCCACCAAUGUUACAAGACCGAUCCAGAAAAGCACAAGUUUUAUCUAAAUCAGAUAGCACACCAGGCCAAGUGUGAGCGAUCAUUGGAUCGCCAUAUUAACAGUAUCCAGCCUAAGGAAACCGGUCAAACCGCUAGUCAAACCUCCAGUCAAACUGCCAGUCAAACCUCCAUGAAAGAAAAUACAUCAAAUAUUCAUGUUUGGACAGAAAAGGAAGAGAAAUGUCUGAUUGAUGUUCGCUUAGACAAGGAAACAGCAUUCAAUGGCUCUAAAAGCCAUGACACCCUAUGGAAUGAGAUAACCACCCAAAUGAAGAAGAAUGGAAUAAACGUAACAAAGAUUCAAAUAAUGAACAAAUGGAAAAACUUGAAAAAAAAAUACAAAGAAAUUCUUGAUUCAAAUAGUAAAACUGGAAAUUCUCCGGCAAGUUGGAAGUAUUUUGAAGUAUUCAAUCAAGCUUACGGCAACAAAGCCUCAACACAACCAGUCAUAUUAAUCGAUUCAAGUAAGGAAACACCAUUUGUUAUGAAAAAAGCUGCCAAUUCAAAUUUGUGUGAUAUUUCCCCAGGAAGCUCAUCAUGUAGUUCAGUUAAGAGUACAAGCUCUAAUUCAAGUGUCAACAAGAAGAGAAAAUCCGGUCAAGAUAUUGCGGGGAUAGAGGAGAUGAUGUCGAAACAUCACAGAGAAAAAAUGAGGAGGAUGGACAAAAUUUUGAAUAUCUUUCAAAUGUUGGCAGGCCAAAGUACAAAUGAAGAGGAUGAUAGUGAUUAGACUGUAAUAACUGCAAUAGAUAUGCUUCGUUGUUUAGAUAUGGACUACAUACCAUAUCAUUCAUAUGUAGAUUAAGGUUAAAAGUGAUCUAAUGUACAUGUGCCAAUAACUUUCAUUUUUAAAAUGCAAGAUAUGCAUUUAAUAAUGGUUGAUUAAUUUUGCAAUUUUUUUGCUUAAUAUUUUAUGAGUAGUUACAAAUGUGACUGUUCUAACAAAUAUGGACUACAUUCCAAAGUGUUCACAUUAUUAAUGUACUUGUGAGAUAUAUUGAAUCAUGUGCCAAAUACUUUAAUUUUCAAAUUGCAAGAUAUGUAUGUCUUUUUAUUUUGC